GUACUGCGACGUAUCUGCAACCAGGUGAAUCUCAUUCAAUCGACAUACCACGCAACUACACAAGACGAUUUUACCACGCAACCGUGCUACAAACAAAUGAUACGAAUGGAUUUCGAAUCGUGUUCCAAGAUUUCUAUAUCAGAUCUACCAAUCAAGUCCAAAUUGGGACAGGUACUGAUCCAUCUGAUCCAGAGUCUGUCAUCACAACUAUCUAUGGAACUACAUAUUGCUGUCCUUGGGAUGUCUACAUAGAGUCCAAUGAGAUGUGGAUAGCUGUCAUAGGAGGACUGGUUGACACCAAUCUUUUCAUAGAUGUUGACAUCUUUGCUAUUGAUCUCUCAACCCCGUUCAAUUGUCCAAUUUCCAAUAUAAAUGUAUCAUCUGAUGAUCUGUGCGAUGGAAUAUACCACUGCAAUUAUUAUGAGGACGAAUCAACUUGUAAUUACAGUACUGCGACGUAUCUGCAACCAGGUGAAUCUCAUUCAAUCGACAUACCACGCAACUACACAAGACGAUUUUACCACGCAACCGUGCUACAAACAAAUGAUACGAAUGGAUUUCGAAUCGUGUUCCAAGAUUUCUAUAUCAGAUCUACCAAUCAAGUCCAAAUUGGGACAGGUACUGAUCCAUCUGAUCCAGAGUCUGUCAUCACAACUAUCUAUGGAUAUACAUAUUGCUGUCCUUGGGAUGUCUACAUAGAGUCCAAUGAGAUGUGGAUAGCUGUCAUAGGAGGACUGGUUGACACCAAUCUUUUCAUAGAUGUUGACAUCUUUGCUAUUGAUCUCUCAACCCCGUUCAAUUGUCCAAUUUCCAAUAUAAAUGUAUCAUCUGAUGAUCUGUGCGAUGGAAUAUACCACUGCAAUUAUUAUGAGGACGAAUCAACUUGUAAUUACAGUACUGCGACGUAUCUGCAACCAGGUGAAUCUCAUUCAAUCGACAUACCACGCAACUACACAAGACGAUUUUACCACGCAACCGUGCUACAAACAAAUGAUACGAAUGGAUUUCGAAUCGUGUUCCAAGAUUUCUAUAUCAGAUCUACCAAUCAAGUCCAAAUUGGGACAGGUACUGAUCCAUCUGAUCCAGAGUCUGUCAUCACAACUAUCUAUGGAUAUACAUAUUGCUGUCCUUGGGAUGUCUACAUAGAGUCCAAUGAGAUGUGGAUAGCUGUCAUAGGAGGACUGGUUGACACCAAUCUUUUCAUAGAUGUUGACAUCUUUGCUAUUGAUCUCUCAACCCCGUUCAAUUGUCCAAUUUCCAAUAUAAAUGUAUCAUCUGAUGAUCUGUGCGAUGGAAUAUACCACUGCAAUUAUUAUGAGGACGAAUCAACUUGUAAUUACAUUGCGACGUAUCUGCAACCAGGUGAAUCUCAUUCAAUCGACAUACCACGCAACUACACAAGACGAUUUUACCACGCAACCGUGCUACAAACAAACGAUACCAAUGGAUUUCGAAUCGUGUUCCAAUAUUUAUAUCUCUAUUCUAGUCAUCGAAUCCAAAUAGGGACAGGUACUGAUCCGUCUGAUCAACAAUCUGUCAUCACAACCAUCAAUGGACAUAUAACCUGCUGCCCUGUUGAUGUCUUUGUGGAGACCAAUCAGAUGUGGAUUGCUGUCAUAGGAGGUCUGACUUACACCAAUCUUGAGAUUGAUGCGGGCAUCGUUGCUUUCAACCUUUCAACCCUGUUUAAUUGCCCGAGGAGCAAUAUGAAUGUGUCAUCAGAUGUUCUGUGUGAUGGAGUGUACCAUUGCGAUCAUUAUGAAGAUGAAUUGGCAUGCAAUUAUCCAGCGACGUAUCUGCAAUCAGGUGAAUCUUAUUCAAUCGACAUACCACGCAACUACACUAGACGAUUUUACCAUGCAACCGUGCUACAAACAAAUGAUACCAAUGGAUUUCGAAUCGUCAUCCAAAAUUUCUAUAUCAGAUAUACUAAUCAAAUCCAAAUAGGGACAGGUACUGAUCCAUCUGACCCAGCGUCUGUCAUCACAAGUCUCUUUGGAUAUAGAAGCUCUCACGAUGAUGUCUAUGUGGAGACCAAUAAGAUGUGGAUUGCUGUCAUAGGAGGUCUGGCUGACACCAAUAUCUUCAUAGAUGUUGACAUCCUUGCUAUUGAUCUCUCAACCCCGUUCAAUUGUCCAAUUUCCAAUAUAAAUGUAUCAUCUGAUGAUCUGUGUGAUGGACUAUACCACUGCAAUUAUUAUGAGGACGAAUCAACUUGUAAUUACAUUGCGACGUAUUUGAAAUCAGGUGGAUCUUAUCCAAUCGACAUACCACGCAACUACACAAGACGAUUUUACCACGUAACCGUGCUACAAACAAAUGAUACGAAUGGAUUUCGAAUCGUGUUCCAAGAUUUAUAUCUCUAUUCUAGUCAUCGAAUCCAAAUAGGGACAGGUACUGAUCCGUCUGAUCAACAAUCUCUCAUCACAGCCAUCAAUGGAUAUAGAACUUGCUGCCCCGUUGAUGUCUACGUAGAGACCAAUAAGAUGUGGAUUGCUGUCAUAGGAGGUCUGACUUACACCAAUCUUGAGAUUGAUGCGGACAUCAUUGCUUUCGACCUUUCAACUCUGUUUAGCUGCCCAGUGAGCAAUAUGAACGUGUCAUCAGAUGUUCUGUGUGAUGGAGUGUACCAUUGCGAUCAUUAUGAAGAUGAAUCGGCAUGCAAUUACACUGCGACGUAUCUGCAACCAGGUGAAUCUCAUUCAAUCGACAUACCACGCAACUACACAAGACGAUUUUACCACGCAACCGUGCUACAAACAAACGAUACGAAUGGAUUUCGAAUCGUGUUCCAAUAUUUAUAUCUCUAUUCUAGUCAUCGAAUCCAAAUAGGGACAGGUACUGAUCCGUCUGAUCAACAAUCUGUCAUCACAACCAUCAAUGGACAUAGAACCUGCUGCCCUGUUGAUGUCUUUGUGGAGACCAAUAAGAUGUGGAUUGCUGUCAUAGGAGGUCUGACUUACACCAAUCUUGAGAUUGAUGCGGGCAUCGUUGCUUUCAACCUUUCAACCCUGUUUAAUUGCCCGAGGAGCAAUAUGAAUGUGUCAUCAGAUGUUCUGUGUGAUGGAGUGUACCAUUGCGAUCAUUAUGAAGAUGAAUUGGCAUGCAAUUAUCCAGCGACGUAUCUGCAAUCAGGUGAAUCUUAUUCAAUCGACAUACCAGACAACUACACUAGACGAUUUUACCAUGCAACCGUGCUACAAACAAAUGAUACCAAUGGAUUUCGAAUCUUUUUCCAAAAUUUCUAUAUCAGAUAUACUAAUCAAAUCCAAAUAGGGACAGGUACUGAUCCAUCUGACCCAGCGUCUGUCAUCACAAGUCUCUUUGGAUUUAGAAGCUCUUACGAUGAUGUCUAUGUGGAGACCAAUAAGAUGUGGAUUGCUGUCAUAGGAGGUCUGGCUGACACCAAUAUCUUCAUAGAUGUUGACAUCCUUGCUAUUGAUCUCUCAACCCCGUUCAAUUGUUCAAUUUCCAAUAUAAAUAUAUCAUCUGAUGAUCUGUGCGAUGGACUAUACCACUGCAGUUAUUAUGAGGACGAAUCAACUUGUAAUUACACUGCGAUGUAUCUGCAAUCAGGUGAAUCUCAUUCAAUCGACAUACCACGCAACUACACAAGACGAUUUUACCACGCAACCGUGCUACAAACAAAUGAUACCAAUGGAUUCCGAAUCGUUUUCCAAGAUUUGUAUAUCAGAUAUACCAAUCAAAUCCAAAUUGGGAGAGGUACUGAUCCAUCUGACCCACAGUCUGUCACCACAAGUCUCUCUGCUAGAAGCUUUUCUGAUGAUGUCUAUGUGGAGACCAAUAAGAUGUGGAUGGCUGUCAUAGGCGGACUUUACGACACCAAUCUCUUCAUAGAUGUUGACAUCUUUGCUAUUGAUCUCUCAACUCUGUUUAGCUGCCAGGUGAGCAAUAUAAACGUGUCAUCAGAUGUUCUGUGUGAUGGAGUGUACCAUUGCGAUCAUUAUGAAGAUGAAUUGGCAUGCAAUUAUUCAACGACGUAUCUGCAAGCAGGAGAGUCUCAUUCAAUAUCCAUACCACGCAACUACAUCAGACGAUUUUACCACGCAACCGUGCUACAAACAAAUGAUACGAAUGGAUUUCGAAUCGUCUUUCAAGAUUCAUAUCUGUAUUCUAGUAAUCAAAUCCAAAUAGGGAAAGGUACCGAUCCAUCUGAUCCAGAGUCUGUCAUCACAACUCUCUUUGGAUCUUGGAGCUCUUUUGAUGAUGUUUAUGUGGAUACCGAUAAGAUGUGGAUGGCCGUCAUAGGAGGACUGGCUGACACCAAUCUCUUCAUAGAUGUUGACAUCUUCGCUAUUGAUCUCUCUACUCUGUUUAGCUGCCCAGUGAGCAAUAUGAACGUGUCAUCAGAUGUUCUCUGUGAUGGAGUGUACCAUUGCGAUCAUUAUGAAGAUGAAUCGGCAUGCAAUUACACUACGACGUAUCUGCAAUCAGGUGAAUCUCAUUCAAUCGACAUACCACGCUGUUACACAAGACGAUUUUACCACGCAACCGUGCUACAAACAAAUGAUACGAAUGGAUUUCGAAUCGUGUUCCAAUAUUUCUAUAUCAGUUAUACCAAUCAAGUCCAAAUUGGGACAGGUACUGAUCCCUCUGAUCCAGAGUCUGUCAUCACAACUAUCUAUGGAACUACAUAUUGCUGUCCCUGGGAUGUCUACAUAGAGUCCAAUGAGAUGUGGAUUGGUGUCAUAGGAGGACUGACUUACACCAAUCUUGAGAUUGAUGCGGACAUCGUUGCUUUUGACCUUUCAACUCUGCUUAGCUGCCCAGUGAGCAAUAUGAACGUGUCAUCAGAUGUUCUGUGUGAUGGAGUGUACAAUUGCGAUCAUUAUGAAGAUGAAUCGGCAUGCAAUUAUUCAACGACGUAUCUGCAAGCAGGAGAGUCUCAUUCAAUAUCCAUACCACGCAACUACAUCAGACGAUUAUACCACGCAACCGUGCUACAAACAAAUGAUACGAAUGGAUUUCGAAUCGUCUUUCAAGAUUCAUAUCUGUAUUCUAGUAAUCAAAUCCAAAUAGGGAAAGGUACCGAUCCAUCUGAUCCAGAGUCUGUCAUCACAACUCUCUUUGGAUCUCGGAGCUCUUUUGAUGAUGUUUAUGUGGAUACCGAUAAGAUGUGGAUGGCCGUCAUAGGAGGACUGGCUGACACCAAUCUCUUCAUAGAUGUUGACAUCUUUGCUAUGGAUCUCUCAACUCUUUUUAGCUGCCCAGUGAGCAAUAUCAACGUGUCAUCAGAUGUUCUCUGUGAUGGAGUGUACCAUUGCGAUCAUUAUGAAGAUGAAUCGGCAUGCAAUUAUUCAACGACGUAUCUGCAAGCAGGAGAGUCUCAUUCAAUAUCCAUACCACGCAACUACACCAGACGAUUUUACCACGCAACCGUGCUACAAACAAAUGAUACGAAUGGAUUUCGAAUCGUCUUUCAAGAUUUAUAUCUGUAUUCUAGUAAUCAAAUCCAAAUAGGGAAAGGUACCGAUCCAUCUGAUCCAGAGUCUGUCAUCACAACCAUCAAUGGACAUAGAACCUGCUGCCCUGUUGAUGUCUAUGAAGAGGCCAAUGAGUUGUGGAUGUCUGUCAUUGGAGGACUGACUUACACCGAUAUCUUUAUUGACGUUAAUAUCAUUGCUAUUGACCUAAGAAAAUCCUUUCAUUGUCCAGUAUCGAGCAGAAAUAUAUCAAUAACCUUGGCAUGUGAUGGAUAUUAUGACUGCGAUUAUUUCGAGGAUGAAUUAUAUUGUAAUAACCCAGUUACACACCUCGAGGAAGGCCAAUCACAUUCUAUCAGCACGCCAUCUUUCACAAGAGAAUUCUACAAUACAACCCUGUUGAGAGCAAAUACUUCAAAUGGGUUUCGAAUUGUGUUCCAUCGUUUGAAUAUUGAUUCUUAUGAUGAUGAAAUCCGAAUAGGGACAGGGAACGAUCCAUCUGAUCUCCAGUCUAUUGUUACAACUAUCCAUGGAUAUGCAUCCUACGCGGAUAAUGUAUACAUAGAUACCCAUAAAAUGUGGGUUGUUGUUAUAGGAUCGCAACAGUACGGUCAUUCGUCUUAUAUUGUUCUGGACAUGUACGUUACUGUCAUCGAUCUGCUUAAUUCCUUUCCUUGUUCGUCGUCUUCCAUGAACGUGUCAGUGACGUUGGUUUGUGAUGGAUAUUACGACUGCGAUAAUUAUGAUGACGAAUCAUUGUGCGAUCACCUAUUCUGCCCGGAGAAUAUAUCGACCAUCGUAGAUCCAUUCUCCGAGACGGCCACCGUUGUCCUACCGUCGAUCGGGGUUGGCGUGGCGACAUCUCCGCAAAACGGCUCAGUUUUUAUGCAAGGUUCCACACCAGUACUUGUCACUAGAGAAGAGGAGCAAUGUAUGUUCUACGUAUAUGUGGAACCUUUGAUACAGCCAACCUGUGAAGAUAUUUUUCAGCUCUCGCCACUUUCGACAGUCGUCGUGAUUUGGUUCGUUGAGGAGCCUACCCAAUACUCACUGGAGACCGUUGUAGGAGGCGAGAUGGCCUCGUAUGUUCCCACGCUAAACAUUGCCUUCAUCGAAGUGAGCGUCCCUUCUGUGCUGGAAUGUGUGGUGUCAAUAACUGAUCAUCCUGACUACAACUGCAGCUUUACUUUGUCAGUUUUUCCAUAUACUUGCAAUGUGACGUCAUAUCCAUCCGAGUAUCUUACGGCUCUAUCGGCAACAAACCAAGAAUUCGAUAUUCCUCCUGAGGAACAGUGCUUUGGUGAGAGCAUGAUCACAGUCAACACAACGUGUAUCUUUGGGUGCGACGUCGGGUAUAAUCUCAUAGGCAAUGAAAGCGUUUCGUGUAUUGAGGAUGGGCUCUCAGACAGUCUACCAACUUGUGACUUGGUCACGUGCCAAUCGCCUACAAUGUUUCCAUCCUUCCUGCACACCACAUCCACUAUUAAUAAUUGUACGGAAGGAGAGCAGAUCGUCUACAACACAUCAUGUUCGUACGAUUGUGAGGUCGGAUAUAACUUAACAGGGAACAGCGCGGUCACGUGUCUCGAGAACGGGGAACUCUCCAGUGAAUUACCUAACUGUGGAAUUGUGCAGUGCUUUGUGCCAAGUUUCUCAGAACGGCUGAUCUCUCUUGAAAGCACUUGUUACGAGAGAAUGUACAUCAACUUUACUGAUAGCUGCUACUUCGGAUGCGAUGUUGGUUUUGAUCUGAUCGGUAAUGGUACGGUGACUUGCGGGGAAGAUGCCCUUCUGUCGUCGGAAUUACCAACGUGUCAAGUGGUAUCCUGUUCCGUACCUGUGCUUCCACCGAGCUUAUCGACAAUGACGUCACAGUGCAAUGGAGGGCUAUCAAUCAAUUACACAGAUACCUGUUCAUAUUCAUGCGAUGAGGGAUAUAAUCUUAUUGGAUCUGAAUCAGUUACAUGUCUAGCUAACACAUCACUUUCUGAUUUUCUGCCGACGUGUGAAGUUGUAUCCUGUUCCAUACCUGUACUUUCACCACGGCUAUCAACAAUGACGUCACAAUGCAAUGGAGGACAAUCAAUUAAUUACACAGAUACCUGUUUAUAUUCAUGUGAUGUGGGAUAUAAUCUUAUUGGAUCUGAAUCAGUCACAUGUCUUGCUAACACAUCACUAUCUGAUUUCCUGCCAAUUUGUGAAGUUGUGACUUGCAGCGUACCACAACUCCUACCACCUCUUUCAAAAUCAUGUCCGAUGGGACAAGAAGUGAACUACAACACGUCCUGUGAAUUUUCAUGCAGUCCUGGCUUCGAUAUUAUUGGAUCGACAUCAUUAGACUGCUUAGCGAAUGGAACACUGUCCGGUGAUAUACCGAUGUGUGAAAUUGUAUUGUGUCAACUCCCUGAAGUAUUCCACCCUGAACUGUCUUCGGUGUUGGGAAACUGUAGCGAUGGAAGUUCUAUUGACUUCAAUACCACUUGUACCUUUGAAUGUUCAGAAGGAUAUGAUUUGAUUGGCAGUGAAAUCGUCGGAUGUCAGAGUAAUGGCACUUUAUCUGAAUCACCGCCGACAUGUAACGUUGUGACUUGCAGCGUACCACAACUCCUACCACCUCUUUCAACAUCAUGCCCGACGGGACAAGAAGUGGUCUACAGCACAUCCUGUGAAUUUUCAUGCAGUCCUGGCUUCGAUAUUAUUGGAUCGACAUCAUUAGACUGCUUAGUAAAUGGAACACUGUCCGGUGAUAUUCCAACGUGUGAAAUUGUAGUGUGUCCACUCCCUGAAGUAUUCCACCCAGAAUUGUCUUCGAUAUUUCGAAACUGUAGCGAAGGAAGUUCUAUUGACUUCAAUACCACUUGUACCUUUGAAUGUUCAGAAGGAUAUGAUUUGAUUGGCAAUGAGAGUGUCAAGUGUCAGAGUAAUGGCACUUUAUCUGAAUCACUGCCCACAUGUAACGUUGGGACGUGUGGCGUACCACAGCUGCUACCACCUCUUUCAACAUCAUGCCCAAUGGAACAACAAGUUUCAUACAAUACAUCCUGUGAAUUUUCAUGUGAAAAUGGCUAUACUCUACAAGGAAUGUCACCGUUGAGUUGCUUGGCCAGCGGAAACUUUUCUAAUGAGAUACCAACCUGCCAAAUUGUGACCUGUCUUCUACCUGAGACAUUCUCUCAAGAACUGUCUUCUGUAGACUGUGACGCUGGAAGCUCCAUUGACUUUAAUUCACUGUGUACAUUCGAGUGUUCAGAAGGACACGAUUUAGUUGGUAGUAGUACUAUUACUUGCCAGAGUAAUGGAGAAGUAUCAGCAUCUAUUCCUACCUGUUCAGUUGUAUCCUGUUCCAUACCUGAGUUUCCAUCACGCUUGUCAUCUAUGACGUCACAAUGCAAUGACGGACAAUCCAUCAAUUACACACAAACCUGCUCAUUUUCAUGUGAUACGGGAUAUAAUCUGGUUGGAUCUUCAUCAGUUACGUGUUUGGAUAACUCGUCUCUUUCUGACAGCUUGCCAACGUGUGAAAUUGAGACGUGUGGCGUACCACAGUUGCUAUCACCUCUUUCAACAUCAUGUCCAAUGGGACAACACGUUAGAUACAAUACAUCCUGUGAAUUUUCAUGUGAAAAUGGCUAUACUCUACAAGGAAUGCCAUCUUUGACUUGCCUGGCCAGCGGAAACUUUUCUGAUGAGGUACCAAAUUGCCAAAUUGAGACGUGUGGCGUACCACAGAUACUACCACCUCUUUCAACUACAUGUCCGAUGGGACAACAAGUUGGAUACAAUACAUCCUGUGAAUUUUCAUGCGAAAAUGGAUAUACUCUACAAGGAAUGCCAUCUUUGAGUUGCCUGGCCAGUGGAAACUUUUCCGAUGAUUUUCCAACCUGUAACAUUGUAUCCUGUUCCCUCCCGGAGGUAUUCUCAGAAGAAUUGUCAUCUUCUGUCAACUGUGAUGCCGGAAGCACCAUAGUCUUUAAUACAACUUGCAGUUUUGAGUGUUCCAUAGGAUAUUCUCUAAUCGGUGUUGAGAAUAUCACUUGCCAGACUGAUGGUCUUCUCUCAGCCGCAGUGCCUUACUGUAAUGUUGUGACGUGCAACAUCCCAAUGUUCCCAGCAAAUCUGACUACACCAAACACACAGUGUGGUGAAGAGAUAAUGAUAGACUAUAACACAAUGUGCAUGUAUGAAUGUCAGCAGGGAUAUGACCUCAUCGGCAACGCCUCUAUCGGUUGCCAGGCUAACGGUGAACUUUCCACUGAUCUACCCACUUGCCAAGUCAUUGAUAUAUGCCAAAGAUUCUCCCCUUGCCCUACGGUAUCGACAUGCAACGGGGGCAUCAGCACCUUCUCUUGUUCGUGCGACGCUGGAUACACGACGGAUGUCACCAUAACGAGUGACACAACCACAUAUACAUGCGUGAACAUCAACGAAUGUAACGCGUCACCUCCCGUGUGUGACAGCAACGCUCGAUGUAACGAUUUAAGUGGCAGCUACCUGUGUACGUGUAUGGAGGGAUUCUCCGGCAAUGGCACAUUCUGUGAAGCUUUAGAACCUUGCACCCUAUCACCUUGCCAAAAUGGAGGAACAUGUACUAAUACUGAUGACGGAUCAUCGUAUGUUUGCACCUGUCCACAAUCGUUUACAGAUGUUAAUUGUAACACUGUGAUUGUAGAACAAGAGCCCCUUGCGGUUGUCACCAACCCCGUGUCUCAGAUGGUUGAUUUUGAGGAUCGGGUCACCUUCUCGUGUUCUUUCCAGAACGCUCAGAGCUUCAGGUGGUUCAAGGAUAGUGCCCCUAUCCCGAACAAUGAAAACCAAUCUCCAUUAGUGAUCAACCCAGCUCUUGCCGAAGAUCAGGGAUAUUAUUACUGCUCUGCUAUCGGUGAAGAUGGCACCACUGCUACAACGAAUCAAGCCUUGCUCACGGUUAACGGUGUUGAUAACUAUGUAGUAGUAGCUACAUUUUUAACCAGGACUUUCAACAAUAGUCUAUUGGAUAGAACAUCUUUAUACUUUUUUCAGCUGUCCAAUGAAUUGAUCAAUUUCAUCACGACUCCUCUGCAGAAUAACUUCGAUUCCAGUGUUGCAGCAAGCAUGAAUACCUUUUCUUCUGGAAGCGUUGUGGCGGAGUUUGGCGUCUACGUAUACAAUGGUUCAGUACCAGACAGUGAGCAGUUAUCCAUCAUCCGUUCGACGAUGACAAAUCUUGCUGAAGAAAAUCCUACCUUCCUAGAUCCAGCAUCCAUUCAGACAUUCAGUGCAGUGACCUGCCCAGCGGGAUCUUACAUAACAAGCUAUGGUUACGAAGCCGUGUUUGAUACCGGAGACAUUGGCAGCAGGGCUAACUCCACUGAUGCCAAUUGUCCUGAUUACACCAUUAAUAGGGACUAUCGUAUAGAAGCCAUCUGUGUUGGUGAUACAAUUCGUCCUUGUAUUUGGGUACCCCUGAUGAACUGUGGAAGGAAUCUGACUGCCGAUGAACUACUCAAGAUUCUACUACAGGAGGAAGUUACCGAAGACAACGCAGAAAUGGUGGUCGAGGAAGUGGCAGAAAUUACGACCAUGACCGAGACCAUCUCAACAGAAGGCUUGGAGAUCGUGGCAGAUUUCCUGGAAGAUAUCGUAGAAUUAGAUACUAGUGACGUAAAAGUGACUGAAUCGUUUGUGGCCAUUGCCAACAACUACGCGGAUGUAGCAGAGGAAACACGUGAUAUGGCUGAAGAUGAGAGCGGUGCUUCAAGCCGUGUCGUAGUAUCCUUAGAAACACAGCUCGCUGUAGUAGAAGUGCAGAAUGACUCUCUCCGGAUUAUUGAGCCAAAUAUUGCCGCUGAGGUACUUGAUGUGACUGCGAACGAAAUCAGUCAAGGCUUUACCGUUUACAUGUCUGUUACACCUGACGGAGAUAGCAUUUCCGGUGAUGACUUUCAGGUAGAGCAAGGCGAUCAAACCACGCAGCCAGAGGUGCUUCAAGCCCAAGCCACUCUGUUGUUGCCGCCGACAUUAGGGGACAAGUUGACAGGGUCUACCGGCCGUUUGGUCAUCACCAUUCACCUGGACACAGCUCUCUUCAGGGACAGAGAACUGACAGAGUUGAACGAGAACCAAACGGAGUUUGGACGAGAGUUGAACUCGAGGAUCAUAGGUGCGGCGGUGGAUAAUGAAGAAAUUGAAGACCUAGAGCAGCCAGUGGUUCUAUCAUUUACUCCGAUCAAUCCAAAUGGGACGAAUGCUACCUGCGUGUCCUACAACUUUACCGAAAAGCGAUGGUCCACGAGAGGGUGUAGAAAGACGAGCAAUGAAAGCACAGACAGGAUUACUUGCGAGUGCGAUCACCUAACCAAUUUCGGGAUCCUGAUGGAUAUAUAUGGAGGAGAAGGGUUGUCAGCCCGAGCUGAUUUAAUCCUCGACAUCAUAAGCUAUGUAGGCUGCUGCAUGUCAAUAUGGGGUCUGGCUAUUACAAUUCUAACAUAUGCAUCAAAUAAAAAACUUCGCGAUCGUAAGCCCAACCAGAUCCUGCUGUCCCUGUCCGCAUCCCUGCUGUGUCUUUACAUCGUCUUCCUCGUCAUGAUAUCGGUCGAUACGGAACGAGGGGUGGAAGAAAUACCCCCUCUACCCUGCUGUAUUCUUGCCGGUUUCCUCCAUUAUUUCACCCUGACAUCCCUUUUCUGGAUGGCCGUGGAGGGCUACAACAUGUACAUCCUUUUUGUACGUGUUCUCAAUACGCAUUUCCCUCGUUUCUUAAGGAAGGCAUCGUUGUUUGCUUGGGGGACCCCUAUGUUGAUAGUUGGAAUCACAGGAGGGGCAUCGAGGCAAUAUUACGUACAGACGGACUUUUGCUUUCUCCGAUUCUGGCCUCUAAUUGGUGGACUUCUGAUUCCAAUUGGCUUGAUCAUGAUCUUCAACUUCGUUAUCUUCGUCCGCGUCAUCCUGAGGCUAAACAAAACCAUUAAAGGGAAGCAACUUGAUAAGACGGAGAAGCGCCAACGCCUGCGAAGAUUCCAGAAUGCAGUGUGCAUCCUUGUCCUCAUGGGGCUGACGUGGGCUGUGGGUUACCUGAGCAUCAUCCAGCCUGCCGCUGAGGUUGUUCAGGGAGUCUUCACCAUCCUCAACUCUUUGCAGGGCUACUUCAUUUUCAUGCUCUACUGCGUCCGCCAGCCUCAGGUUCGCCGCGCAUGGCGCUCGCAGUUCAGCUGUUGCUUGCCCAAGUCCUUCGGCGCGUCGAGCGCCUUCACAUCAGCUUCCGGACAGACAAACUCCACGUCCAAGAACAGCUCUGCGAGGCUCAUGGCUCAGAGAAACCAGCAGAAUAGGUUGUUGGCAAACUCUGAAUCCAAUGGUUUCCGACCAGAGACAAUAAUGCGUACACCACCUGAGAGACUGCCUAGAUCAGCUGCCUAUAAUAACGAAGGCGGCGACUGGUGAUUGAAAAGUGUUUUUAAUCUUGCUUAAUUUUUUUUGUUAUACAUGUAGAAUAGUGAUUUACAUCUUACUCAGAGAAUUUACAUAGCUAUCCUAUAUUCCGGCACAUUGUCAAUGAGCGACAUACAGUGAGCAAGGUGAACAUAAUUCUUCUGUUUUGAAGCUGUUCCAUGUACUAAAGCCUGUGGAGAGAACUAAACGAACAAAUUUCGCUGUUUUCGAAGGAUUCCAGAACGGCUCCAAAGCAGCUUUACAAAGGGAGAGAAAAAGGGGCCACAAAAAGACUGCAAAACAUUUGUACAAAGCGAGAGAAAGGGGCUAAAAAGUGGCCACAAAAUGGCUACAAAAUGGCAAGUUUUUACCGCUUUUUCAGAAGUCAUGCUCAUUUUUCUUUUACGUCGGGGUAUGCUUCACCUUGUUGACAGGUUCAGUAACCGACUGAGUCAUACCAAACACUUAUGAAAAUUGGACCUUCUGUAUUUUAGCUAGUUACUCUUCAUGUAGAUUCGAGAAGAGUCGUAGUGAUGCCAAUUGGCUGUAAGGGCAGUUUCAUGAGUUAUACAUGUAGAUACCAUGGACGAAUAAAACGUCAUUGAAAUUAUUCAUAUUUCAAAGUAGUUAUGUCAUGCGCAACAAUAAUGUACAAAUAGCGAAUAGGCAUGAGUGCGAUGGUGCAAGAUUUUGCAUGCGGUGAAAGAAAGAUGCUCUAUUCAACGAGGCGUUAGCCGAGUUGAAUAGGGCGUCUCUUUCUUUCACCGAAUGCAAAAUCUUGCACCAUUGCACGAAUAAGACUAUUCGCUAUUUGUGUUUUACAACGCCUCGGAAGUUAGCGAAAAUAUGUAAAAACAAGAGUUUUCCCCUGCAGUAAUCUAUGAAAAGGGAGCAAAAAAUGAAAGCGAAAAGCAAAAUCCCACAAGCGCACAUGACAUUGGGCAGCAAUGCGCAUUGAGCCAGCAGGCUUAUACGCGUAUCGCACCUUCAUUUUACUGAGCGCAAUGAAUUAAAUCGUAUUGUGACGUCACCUCCUAAAGCCGUGCAAUGGUACAUUUUGGAUGGUACGUCUUGUGUGCAACGGUACGAAUGUUUGACAUUCAGCCUCUCAUUUGCUCGCGUACAACAAGCUAAGCAGGCGUUGUACAAAUAUCACUAGCAAUAUUGCUUAUAAAAUAUAUAAAGCUUGUGAAAUUCGUCUAAACUAGCUCUUUGUGAAUAUGUUGGUACAAUGUUGUAGUCCAUGUUCCCUUUGCUGAAAAGAAAAUUAUAUUGUGCUUAUAUCAUUGUAAAAAAUACCUGCUGAACAUGCUCUUAUAUCGUAUUUCGCAGCUGUAACAUGUAUUCGAUCUUAUUGCUUAUGAUUUAUUUCCUUAAAAGCAUUCAUGCCUUUGAAAUAUUCCAGUCUCAUGUAUUUUCAUGUUUUGCAUUGAAUUGAUUUUAGAUUGUGAUUUUACCUGGGAAUUGGAUCUUCGUUUGAGUUAACUGAUAGUGCAGAAUAUUUUUUUCUGUGAGCUUCGUAAAAUCAAAUCGUCAUUAUUAUUGGUCAUCUUCUUUAAUGUAUUGUAAUCCGCAAUUCCUUAUGUAUAUCCUUACACAUGUAUCUUCCUUUUGAUUUCCUUUUGUUUGGUCAAUGAUGUUCAUUGUAGACCAGUAAACAAAGAAACAUUAAUCAAAUAUUAAAGUUUCCAUCAGCUUAAAUUGAGUAAAAUGAAUAGAACAAAAAUCAAUAUUGUAUUGAAAAUUUCAAGAAUAUCAGAUGAAAAUUGAAUAAUGACGUUUCCAUUUUCGUUUAUUUUCAUACAAGAGUGAUUUGCAAUUGAUAAUCAUCAUGACAGAUUACAUAGUCUUGUGAAAUAUACUCUGAAGUUACACAACGAAGUCAUGCUCACCAAAUAUGCAUUUUAAUGCACCGCUUGAACAUCCUUUAGAUAAUAAUAAUCUGAGGAAUCAUUUAUUUGUCACAAAUGAAACUAUUAUGUUAAUACUUACCACCUGUAAAAAAAAAAACAAUGUAAAGCAGUUCAUAUAUAGGUAGAUCUCAUCAGUAGAUUGUACCUAAGUGGUAAACGGGACUUGCUAUUGAAAUUUAUGGUUAUCUUACAAUUUGGAUAAACGGGAGAAAAAAUCAAUUGAAAACAUAUUAGCAACGGAUAGAUUUAUUGGGACUCUAUAAUGGGGUGUUGCAAUAAACUUGCGAUUGAACGCAAAUCGAACGCAACUCCCAAAAUUGAGCCGAUUAAACGCAAAUCUGCAAUUGAACGCAAGUUACGUUCAAUCCUGUUGCAAGAAGUAGUUGCGUUUGAUCAAUUGAACGUAGAUCAAGCGCAAGCUUUGCAAUUGAUUGCAAAUCGAACGUAACUUAUGUGAUAUUUUAGAGGACGCGCUCGAUUGCGCUCGAUUUACGUUCAAUUGAUUGUCCAUAGGCUUGUGUACUUAUUCUGCCAAUUUUUUUGUUGUUGUUGAAAUCUUGAGUUAAUUAUACCAGUUUCAAUUUCCCAUAGGUUUUUUUCAAGAAAAACUUAAAAUAACGUUAUUUUCAACCUUCCUAUGCCUCUACAGUAAUUAUGCCAUUAUUUUCACAAAACUUCACUACAUUCUAUCCUAAUAUAAUUUCAAAGUGUGUCAAUCACCAACAAUAUUCUGCUCUCGUUAUCAGAGGUCAUGAAAUAUUCAAAUUGUGAUUUCUGAAAUAAUUUGUAUGAAGAAAUAUUGAAGAAAUAAUAACUCUCCAUAGCCACAAAAGCCACUCUUUAUUAAAACACUUCAUGCACUGGCAAAUGCUUAUCAAUAUUUCUGAGGGUUUGCAGUAAAUACAACUCAGAUUUUUUUGGCAAGAGCACCAAAUUGCUUCAAUGCUUUCAUUCAUACAUAGCAUAAUGAAUAACAUGCCCAAUUAAGUUAUUUUAAGUUUGAUUUUCAAAUUAAACAUACAUUCCAGGAGAUUGCUACACUUCAAAAUCUGAAGCUCUCUUGUUUCUCCUCUUUAAUCAUGAGAUUGCAUCACAGAUAUAUAUCACACUUGCAUACAGGGAUGAGGUCGAGGGUGAUUCCUUAGAGUCAUGAGGCAGCUUGAGAGAACUUCUCAUAGAUUCUGUACAGUGACUCGGACCGAGGCCAGUAAAAUGUUGCCUCGAGGUCAGCAUUAACUUCAUCCCUGCUUGGAACUGAAAAGAUCCAUUGAUCUGUGCACAAAAAAGAACACUGCUCAAGACAUUCAUUAUUGAUGGACCUUUUAUUUUUAUUUUUCAUUGUUUCUUGCUCCCAAGGAAUUACUUCUGAGAUUCAGUUAUACCAAAUAAAAUUUAAUAUCUUCAUCAA